AUGCUCAAUUCCUUCACUGCACUCCGAUUGCUUCUCGCAUCGAAAGGACUUUAUUUGCUUAACCUUGUGGGAGUAUUGUGCCUGGUUCUCAUGUACAAGCCCUAUUGUAGAGAGGAUCAAGGAUCUUUCAUUUCAAAAGUUUGUGUUCCGUGUCCUCCAAACUCAAUCUGUAGUCUUCGUUCAGUGAUGGCAUGCUCUCGAGGCUAUACGCUCAAAAACGAAGAAAUUUGCAUUAAGGAUGAUGAAACUCAUCAAUUAGCUUACAAACUUUCUCUUGCCAUGAAAGAACAUCUUGAAUAUCAAUCCUAUCUCUAUGAAUGCAUUGGAGAAAAGAAUGUAAGCGAAAAGGUCGGAGAGAAUGAUCUAUUUACUAUGGCAGUAACAUCCGUACUGGAUGAAGAGAAGAGUUUGACUUAUAAUAGUGAACUUUUCGAUCAAGCCUUUGAUUUGGCAUUGGAAUUGAUUUCCGAGAAUGCUAAAUUGUAUCAAAUUGCUAUUGAUGCAAAGGAACGAUUAUAUUCAUACAAGUUCCAUUAUUGGGGAUCAUGCUUAUUCAACACAUUACAUGGAAAGAAGGCACAUAGAGUCUCCAAUGAGGAUAUGACUGUGAGUCCAAAAUCGAAAACUAUUACUACUACGGUUAAAAGAAAUACUAGAAAUACUGUCGAGAAGCCAACCAACAAUAACACCAUUUCACAGGAAGGCAAAGUUAUUGAAAAAGAGAAGGAAAUUGCCAAGUUGAAACAAUUAUUGGAAGCGAAAGAGAAGGAAAUUGCAGCUUCAGUUGAAAAGACACACUCAGAGUUGGUAUCUUUAAGAAAACGAGAAGAAGAUAUUCGAACAGAAUUGAAAAAUAAGGAAAACGAGUUGUCAAAAAUCAAAACAGAUCACGAAACCUUGAAAAAGAAGGAACAAGAACUUUCUCAACAAGUCGAAGUUAAAGCAGCAACCAUUGAAAGACUGGAAAAGGAUUUAGAGGCUGCUAGCCAAAAGAAAGAAGAUGACUUUUUCUAA